AUGCUUCUAACCUCUCUCGACGCCCUCCCGGACCCUUCUGCAGCGGCUCCACGACGCCUUGCUUCACACGGCCUCCAUCUCCGAUCGACCUUUUCACGAUCCCUAGCCCGACCCGACAAUGUUGGACAUGGAUGGGGUGAGCCAUACUGCGUAGGCGGGCAUGCAGCAUGGCGGGGAGCGGGCCCCUGGCGUUUCUUGGCCGCCCUGAACCGCACUGAUCGAGUCUGCAGUGUUCCUGACAGAAACCCUGGUCUCCCUUGCUCCAUCGAGAGUCGAUUCAGUCAAAUCAGAAGACUUGUCGCCUUCGACAAGACGUCCAUCGUACCAGUUCUAGGCCCCCAUCCAGCUUCUUUUUGCCCUGUCUGGCUGCUCGUCCACCAUGAAGCGGCGAAGCCCACCCCGGCUAGCCAUGGCCAAGCAUUGGCAAGCAUUUUGGCACCCGGUGCGCCGAAGAGCCAAUCUGAUGGUGCAUGGCUGGGCAUUGACAUGGGCCAAUUCGUGAUUCUCGACGGUGGUCCCCUUUUCGAUUAA